UAUUAAACAAACCAGUAUACAGGUACAGACUGUCAAAGGGAAAGGAUAAAUAUGAGCGUUAAUAAAGUGAUUUAAGCGAAAAUCUGUGUGCAUUUAUAGUAUUUUAAUAUACAGGUGUCAUUUGUGACAACGUUUCAUUUUGUUAUUGGAGGAUUUACUGAAAAUACCGGUGUUUAGUGUACAGCUGCAUUGCAUAUUUUGACAAACUAUCGAAAAAUUAUCAGUAGUGUACAUGACAAUGUAAACAAUCCCAACGAACCGUGUCGUUUAAGCCGAACAUUCGACUGUUAUCUGUUGAAACGGUAGAAAAAGGUCGGUGUUUUUAGGUAAUUAGGAUACGAUAAUGAGAUAUUGUCUACCUAGUCUCUCUGAUUUAACACAGUUGUUUUGUGUGUGUGACAUUAUGUAAACAAAUUACUUCAGUGAACAUUUGUGAUGUUUAGUCGAAUUUGGGCACACAGACGCACAUAGUGAAUUUUGGAUUUAAUAAACGAAAUCUCAGAUUCGUCUAGCUUUUGAAUCCAGAGUUGCCAUGUCACUCGUGUAACACAACCAGGUACCAGCCAUGAGUUUCUUCAAGAAAAAGCGCAGCCUCGUCAUCAACGACCAUGAACCAAUUUACAAGGUCCGUUACCUUGGAAACGUACAAACCGCCAUGAUGAAAGGAGAGGGUUGCGUCGACAAACCCGUUGGAAUAAUCUGGAACAACUACCUCCGCAACAGCAACCCGGGCCUCGAAAUGAAGCUGACGCUAACCACUUCCGGUUUGAAAGCGGAAACGAAGGAGCAGGGGCUGACGGAGUACCGCGCACACCGGAUAUCGUACUGUAUUGCACACCCGCAAUACCCGAAACUGUUUAUCUGGGUCUACAGACACGAAGGCAAGAAAAUGAAGCUCGAGUUACGAUGCCACGCGGUGCUUUGCAAAUCAGAGGCCAAGGCGAAGGCGAUGGCGGUGCAGUUACACGACAAGAUCUCCUUCGCGCUCAAGGAAUUUGUGCGGGAAAAGACGCGCAAACAGAACUCGAGGCUUACGCUACAGAGGACGCGGUCGCUUCCGAUGAAGAACUCCGUGGUGCCGCUGCGGACGCAGAUGUUGAGCACGGGGCAGAAUUUCAAGCCGCCUAUAAGCAAGUCAAAUACUGCGCCGCGCCUGGGAGCCAUCACGGAGGACCACGAACAGGAGGAGCUGGAGUCAGACGACGGGAUUCUUGAAGAGGAGGAAGAAGAAGACGGGUAUAAUGUAAAGGUGGCGUUCGAAGAGGAGGACAGUGAAUUAACUUCACCUACCGUGAAUGCGUUGACACUAUGUGGACACGACACAAGUGACGUCGAGUUUUCGCUAGACUUGGAUUCGGAGCGUGUAAUUGACAUCGAGCUAGGCAAUAACAUAGAUGAACUUAAACUUGACGAGGAAGUGCAGUUUAUUAUUUCACAUUCUGCAGAUUCCGAUGACGAGAGCUCGGAAAGUAGUGGGUUCAACGAGCCCGAUUCAAAAGACGGUAGUCUAACGGCAACAGACGACACUUCGUUAAAUGAAGAAGAUGUGGUGUGCGAGAUCCCAUCGCCUCACAUUCCAGACGAGACUGUCGUGACGUCACUUUGAGCGAUGACGUCACGGAGGAUUAUAACUUUGUGAUAAUAAAUGCGACCAUCAUUUUAGGUUGCAAAGCUCUUAAUCUUAACAAUCGGGUACGAAAUUUCCCCGAUAAGCCCAUAGUGCGAAAUAUUCACAUAUAAUUCGUAUAAAUGUGUUAAAUGGAACGGAUAAAAAAGUGUAAAUUCUGUGCUACAAUUGUACAUAAUAUAUUCUUGGUAGACUGUGUAGCGGUUAAUUGUUGGACUUGCUAGUGUGAAGGUUUACAGUAACUGAGCCACAGUUGUUGAUUUCAACUGCAUUUGUGAUGUUAUUCAAACGAUUCAGUGGUUUACCUACCUGUGUAUAUAUAAUUGCAAAAUUAAUACUUAUUGAAGUCAACUACUUUGGUACUUAAGAACUAAGACCUACUUGUACGGCAUGUGCAGAGCUCAAUGUGUCAUUACACGGUGAGGGGUCAACAGCGAACAAUGAGACUAGUUAUGUUAGACUUAUUUAUUGUUUAGAUGUAUUUAGAGCGCUAAUCUGUGCAUAGUACGCUAGAAUAACGUAUCCCUGUUCACUGUUAAGUGUAAACGCAAUCGAAUCACACCAUGCUAUGAAAGGCAUGGACUGUAUACUCAAUUACUCAUUUAAUUCCUGUAUCCGUUACUGUCUAGUAAUCUGCUAAUUAUACUUAUAUUUUUUAAUGUAAUUGGCAAUGUAAAAAUUAAGCAUUAAAGUAGGAAAACGGGAGAAAAAUAUAUGCGCAUUUAGGCCGACAGAUAAUAUAUAAUUAAGCACAAGCAUUAAAACCCAGUUAGCAUAAUUUUUAAAGUUUCACAACCUUUUUUGUAAGCCACGAAUACAGUUUGCAAUGAUCACAUGAGUACAGGAUGUUUGUGUUUUUUUAACUGCAGGAAAAUAUUAAUCAAAAUUUUCAUUUUUGUGUUUGAACUUUUAUUAAAAUGGAACGCUAUAUUUAAGAACACGCUAUAUGAAGGAAUAGGUAUGAUUCUCUUGACCAAAACGUAAUAAGUUUAUUAGGCUUAAAUAGCAACAUAAGCUUAUAUGUAAGACCUCUUAUAAUAGAUUCAUUACUUAACGUCUUACGCGUCAUUCAAAUAAGAACCACCGGGAUUGAUUUUUCCGGAAUUACAGUUAUUCUUGUUCUCAGGAGGAAAGACUUUCGCAGAUAUUAUUUUUUGUUUAUCAGACGCUUUUUAUAUGUAAGACACGCUGGUAAGCACUGUAAAGCCAUUCGCCAUAUUUACAUGUCAAAGAAGUCAAAUAAUUAUCUUACAGUACACGUACCAAAUUAUGCACGCUUUUAGGCUGAUCAAGCAAGCAAUACAUUAUUAUGUUGAUCUUUUUUGAGGAUUUAUCGAUUAAAAAGAAUCGAAUUAUUUCAUAUUGUUGGCACGUGUCCGAAAAGUUUGUUCUAUAGACAUGCUGGGCCUUUUCGCCAAUGAGCCUUCGGAACAAAUCUAAACGUUUUAUAACACUAUUUUUGAAGUAUUUUCCUUAAAGUCGACGUUUCUAAUGGUAUGAUUACAUUUUUAAAAAGAACACUUUUUAAAGCAUUUGUUCACGGAUUGUUUUGCUUUAUAUAUACUUAUUUCUUGUUUACCAUCCCUGACGGUAUAUUGUUUCAAACAGAAACAUUAAAAACGAAACUUACAUUUUAGCUCAAUAUAACUUAAAAAAGAGAUAACUAUCGAUAUACUUGACUGUUGUUACUGAACGCUAUAUGAGUCUGGAUUCGCAGAUGUAAAGAAAAGUUUUAACAGAUAAUCGAUUGAUAUUCACGGUGAUCAUAGAAAGUAUUAUAUUUGAUAGAGGCCGUGCUCCGUGAAAAGUUUUUUAUGCAUGUGCGUUAAGUGUCGUCCUGGAUUAGCGUGUGCAGUCCGCAUAGGCUCAUCAGGGACGACACUUUACGCCUAAACUUGAUUUUUGCUAAGAAGAGACUUUCUUGAAACGAAAAAUAUUAUAAAAGCGGAAAGUGUCUGCCCUGAUGAGCCUGCGCGGACUGCACAGGCUAUUCUGGGACGACACUUUACGCACAUUCAUUAACCGCUUUUCACAGAGCACGGCCCAUAUUAAAAGUCAAUCAGUUCAAAUUAUCGUAAAUUGUCAUUCUUAGAAUUCACUGUUUGAGAAUGUAAUAGCUCCCAAAAAGCACACAAAUGCAAAACUUAUAUACUUUUAUUUAUAUCUGAUGAAUGAAACAAGUCUAAUUUAAAUCGAAAUAUAUAUGUGUAAAACACACUAUUUCAGUUUUAGAUUGAUUGAUGUAAGUUAAAUGAGAUUGUGUAAUCGAAAAUCAAAUCAAGAAAUGUUUUGUUUAAAUCUUGUCGGAUGUUUGUUUCUUAAUCUAACUUUAAUCCUUUGAAUAAUUUGGUGCACUUUAAGCACAAGUUUUAAGUUCGUAUUCAUAUAUUUUUUUCGAAUACAACAGCAAGAAAGCGUUGACUCUAUUCUUGUUUAGCCAGUUUUUUUUUAUUUAAGCCGAUUUAAACAAUAUAACAACGCGGUGAGUACUCAAUAACGCACACGUGUAAUCGAAAUUCAACAAACCAGCAUUUUCCAACGGGUUUAACCCAUUUAUGCCUAGCGUCUAGAAAAAAGGCAUUGGCAAACAGCGUAGACCCAGAUGAGACGCCGCAUGAUGCGGCGUCUCAUCUGGGUCUGCGCAGUUUGCUUAAAGCAAUUUUUGUAAGAAAUAUUCUAAAUAUAGAAAUAAAUAUACUACAUCCCUAAUUUUGGAAAUCAAUUGAUCCAAUUGAGAAGGAUGUGAGAGUCCACUAUGCAUAAAUGGGUUAACAAGAGAAAAAAUAAAGAUCAAUUUGGGACUGAUGAGUUCAAUAUUUUUUGCUAUCCUGGUUUUCAUAAAAAAAGACGUGUGUUUCUAUCCAGUCACGUAUUUACUCUUAUUUAGCAAUCGUUAACGUUUGAGACACCUAAUAACACGGAUUGUGGCCUUUCAAUAUGCUCGGUAACAUCCAGCGCGAUUUUCUACACUUUUACCUUUUACGUAUAACUUAAAUGAAAUCGUCAUAAGUAAGAACCAAACGCGAUUUUCUACACUCUUACCUUUAACGACUGAAUCUCUAAUUCUAGCAUGUACUUGACACUGAAUUGAUGGCUGUUUUAUGGGCCAACCGUCAUCCAGCCUUGUCAUUGCAAACGUCUAGAUGAUGGAUUGUGUCCAACUGUGAGUGUUUGUCUAGGUUGAACGCAAACCCGCAUAAUGACAGCCCAGCUUUAGCUUUUCCUUGUUAGAGCUUAGUUAUUAGGACGCACGAUCGCAUACAUAUAAAUACAUGUAAGUUAAUACUACAUUCGUCAUAAAACGAGCAUCGCUUUCAGGCUGAAGAUUUUAAUUUGGUAUGUAACCGCUAACGUCGACUUAGCAAUGACGUUUCUGGUAAAAGGCAGCAAUCGAAACUACCAAUUCAUAUUUGACAAAAAACAACACGAAAGUGUUAUCAAUUCUUGACGACACUAUUUCAUAUCAAAGAAUGGUUUUGAACGACUUAAUUUUAAAGGUUUUCUGUGUUGGACAAAGAAGAAACAAGUGUGUUACUUCUUGUUGCAAACUGGGCACCACUAUUUUUUUUAUAGAUCCAUAAUGCAUGGCAACGGUUUUGUUCACAUUACAAUUAUUUGAAAAUACAUGUAGUACUUAUUUUCAUUUUAUUAUAUGGCAUGUCUUAAAAAUCUAAGAUGCACAUGGUUAUUCAUAGUGCGCAAUAUUAAGAAAAUUGCCCGUUUCUUUUUAAUGCAAGUGACAUUAACGCAAACACAUGACGUUUGUCGUCUUUAGUAAAUGCCGUAGAUAACAGAUACAUUUGUGUUACAAAGGUCAACAUUCUAUUUAUGAAUGCACGCGUUAUGCAUGAAUACAUAAAGGUCAACAUUCUAUUUAUGAAUGCACGCGUUAUGCAUGAAUACAUACGCCUCUUAGUCAAGCCAAUCAUUAUUAUUUUCUUCAUACUAUAAAAAAUAAUGUAUUGCUAUGCGUUUUUGUUGAUAUAGCCAGUAAUGUAUUUAAUCAGCGCAUACAAUAGCUCUUCUCUAGAACAAAAGUUUUUGUAGAAAGUAUACCACGGCAUCUAUCAAAACCGUAUGACACUUGCUAUGUAUAAGUAACGUUUUGUUUUGCAAACCUUCGAGCAGGGUCACGACCGAUUCGUACCCGUCCAUUGUAUUCCCAAUAUAUCAGGUUUUCUUUAUCGCGUAAAGACGUUUUAAACUGAUUUGAUCCAGAAUUGCACGCGAAAAUCUGUCAAGAGUUUGUCGCCUGCGUUAAUGAACGUUGAUUUCGUUAUAUCUUUGUCACAUCUCGCAUCAUACAUUAAGCGGAUUGUAGCUGACACGAGACCAUAUAACACGUGCUUUAUACAAAACAACAACAACAACAAUCUACAUGUAAAUCUGAUCAUCCCACGUUCAUAUUUUGAUGCCACUUUGAUAUGCUUCUAUUCAAUUGUUCAGUACCUUUAGACCAAGGAGUUAACUUUUAUACGACAGUUAAUAUUGUCCCAAUAACAAAAUUUGUCAAGUUCGCCGAGUAAUAAAUGUUCUUUUUAAGUUUACCUUUUAUAAGUUUAUUUUAUUAAGUUUUAAUUUUGCACAUGCCAUGCAAUUAAGAAGUUAAAUACGCACAAGUGAUUAAAAAUACAUAACACGCUUACGUUUAUUUUGUAAUUUACAUUUGCUGAUUAUGCAUGCAGUGUUGCAAUUAGCAAUGACGUCAUUGCAAUCUAAUUAUAUGCAUUUUCUUUCACUGUAGCUCAUAUUUAUUGUUAUAAUUGCAUUAUAACACGUUGUUGUUCAAUUUAAACAUGUUAGACUGUGUUUUUAGGACACGAUCGAUGUCUAAUUUUAUUAUUCACAUGUGGAAAAAAAGUAUGCCGCGUUUUCACCACAAAACAGCAGUUUAUUCUUUACUUUUAUGACAAGUGUUUACCAUUGCUAGUUUUAAACAUUAUUACCUAUUUGUGUAUGUACAUAGAUUUUACCAAUAUAUCAAAAUUGUGAUGUACUACUUACUGUUAUGAUAUUGUGUAUAAACGAAUCGGCAACCGAUUUUUUUUUAUCUUUUUAUGCGAAACAAACUUACAACGGACGGCACAUUUGUACCUGUGCGUAAUUAGGUUGCCUAGUUUAGGAAGAAUGUAUGAUUGUAUGCUAGAUGAUAUUUUUUUGAUCGGGUCAAUAACAGAUAGUGGCUAAUGAAACACAUAAUGUAAUUAAUGGAUUCACAAUUACUUCCGUUUUCGUAUAAGUGUUGUUCAGAUGGCUGUUCAAAUUAUUUUUAUUGGAUUCAUGACUUGUGUCUUAAUUUAAUUGUAUAAAAAAAAUGAAAGUCGGUAAAACAUGCAAUAAUACAUUUUUUUUGUUGGUACAAUCUUUCUUCUGCGCUGGUGUACAAGUAUGAACAAAAAUCAUUUGUGAUAAGUUUUAAUAAAUGUCGUAAAGAGCGUAAAAUUAAAAAUACCUUUAUUGUUUCAUUAAUAGAUCACAUACAUUUUAUUUUUGAAAUAGUGAAUACCAUGUUAUUGUUUGAUCAGAAAAGUUCACUAAAGAGUAUCUUAAUUUAAGAUGCCCAUAUAGAGAAUACCUGUCCAGGGCAGUUUUGCUACUAUGCUUCCCGUUGUGUUGUUUGUUUCAUAUAACGAAUUUUAUAUAUGCAUCCGUGAUUUUAGUAUGUUAUGACAUUGUUACAAUUGGAGAUAUUUAUUUCAGUACAUUUGUACGUUUGUAUAUAUAGUUGUUACAUUUGUUGUAAAAAAGAAUUAAAUGAAAUAUUAUAA